AGUUGAGCACAAAGAGGAGACACUUGUAAUGGCCAAGUAAAGGAAAUUGAAAUACUGACAGAGAAAGCUCGCUUCUCAAAAAGCUUUGGAACAUUAAUGAAAUUAAAUACAAUAAAAAAUUGACAUUCAUUAAAAAUAUUCUGCAAUUUAAUGUUGAAAAAUAAAAUAGACAAGUGAAUAUACUCCAAUAUUAAUACACAGGACAGUGCGUUCCGAAACUCGAGUAAAUUUAAGUUUCACUGAUAUUGUGAAAAAUAGAAAGCAAAACUAUUUCCAAGGAAAUCGAUUACUUCUUCUUCUUCUUUUUUUUUUGAAGAGUUAUUCAGUCGUGUUUAUUGUGGCAGAAGAGUCACUGAGAAAACGUUGACGAACAAGAUGAACAGUGAAUCGUGAAAUGCAGGAAAGCUGACAUUGCCUUUUCGUCGAUCUUUAGCUCCAUUCUCAAGACUGAUUCCACCGCAUUUAUAUUUUCUGCCUUCAAGUGGAAACUUGUGGAAAAGUGCUUUCCGUUUGACAUUUGGAAUCUAUACAAGGAAAAAAAAAAAUGUGCAGCACAGACGCUUUAGAAAUUCGGAGUAACGUAAAACUUUCUCAACACCUUGAAUCUUCCAAAUACAAUGACACUCUUACAACUCGAAUCAAUCAAGUGCGAGAGACGUUAGGAUAUUUGCGCGAAGCACUUCAAGCUGAGAGAUUAAAUUUACGUCGAGAUAUCCAAUUAACCUCCUGGACCAUUUGUCGUGACGAGGAAUUUUCCAUUUCAGAAGAUUUUGAUAAAAACGUAAAUUUUCAAGAAUUUGACUAUUAUGGCGCUGGAGAAUGUAAUUGUUCUUUUCCAUAUUUGAAUACACAAACAUCGAAUUCCACCUCAUGCUUGAAAAUCUCGGAAGAAAUACAAGUGGAUCCGUUCGACCUGAAUAUUUUCUGGACAACAUCGACGUCUACUUCAAAUUACUACAAACAAAAAAUCUUUGAUUUAGAAGCUGACUGUCGCGCUGGUCUCAAUAAGAUUAAAUCGAAAUUCAUGGCGUCUUUACAGUCUUUUAAAGAUGCUUUCGAACCGAAUGAAAUCCACUGUGACCAAAAAGAAUCUGAAAAUAAACUCGAAGAAAGAAUCGUGAAAACGCCUCAAGAAGAUUUAGAAAGAGAUGCAGAAGAUAUAACAUGCCCCUAUAAUCCGGUCGCUCAUACAAAAUCUCUCAUCGUGAACAAUGUUCAGAAUAGCCCGACGAGAAAUGUCUGCAGUGGACGUAACAGUGAUAGCAAUAUCUGCGGUGUAAUUUUCAGAAGCACUCAACUCCAACAUGAACCAACUCAAAUUUUCGCUUUAGAGGAUAGUAUCAGCGUUUCUACGAUGUCGACGCUUUUGGAAUCGUCGGACCUGAGUACAUCACAAGCAAAUCUGGAUUAUGGAUCUAUUCGUCAUUAAAGUACACAUUCAGCUUUCCCAAAACCAUCGAAAGGUAUACAUAUACUAUAUAUAUGGGUGUUAUUAACUUUGAAGCUCACAAAAGCCCUCCGACUAAGGCAAUAAAUUUUAUAGAGAAACGAUUAAUCUGACUUUUGGAUACUAAAUUCCAAUCUUAUCCUUUAUCGAUUCCUCCACGCAUUGUAAGUCAAAUUAAUUCAGAAUAAAAAGCUAUUUUGAAUUUUAAACUCUACUUUUCGCACCCAUUUUUUUUUUAUAAAUAUUUCAUUUUAG